AUGCCUGUGGGUUGGUGGCAUGUUGCGGAAACGCAGGCAUCAAAAUAUCAGCAGUGUGCCCUUCAGGGUUACAUCGGUUCCCUUUCUCGCAAAACUGGGCGACAUCUCCGAAGUACUUUGGGUGCUCCAGCACCGUUGAGGCCUGGAUCACGAUCAGCUGGUGCUUGGACUGGUGUUCUGACUUUUGGUGAUUGCCCUUUGCGCCAAGUUCCCUGCGUUUGGCCUUCUGGUGAGUUUGAGAGCGGCCGUGUUCUUUUGACUUCCGCUUGUGUUCAAGGGUUUGAGAUUUUCGCUGCCGCAGUUUAUCUUCCACCCAAGGGGCCAACUUUUCCAAAUGCUGCUGCGCUUUCUGAGCAGCUGCUUACUCCGAUCACGGAGGAACUGGUCUUGGGAAGGUCGGGACCGCGUGCCAUCCUGGGGGAUAUGAAUUGUCACGUUGGAGCACUGCACCAGAUGGAUAUUUGGAAGGCCCAUGGAUGGAUUGAGCUGCAGGAUCUCUUCUUGCACUUGCAUGGGGUUCAUCCUAGGAAAACAUGCAAAGGCGCGACUCAGCCUGACCAAAUUUGGCUUUCUCCAGAAUUGGCAACGGUGGUUAAUAAUGUGGCGGUAUGGGAUAUCUUUCCUGACCAUUCGGUUGUCAUUGCGGGGCUGACACUUCCUCAGGUGCGCGUCACAGAGCUGCAAUGGCGUCUUCCUGGUCAUGUUCCUUGGAGUUCAGUCUGUCUUGAUGCUUGGAAUGCCAUGCCUCCCUUGGGUCCUCUUUUUCAGUCCAACCCAGCGCCUGUGGGUUGUGUUGGAUUGGCUGCUGUUCCGGGAGAAAUGGGUUUAUAUGGACUUUCAGAAGCGGUGGCUUGCUGUGUUCAGGGGUCGGUUGCUCAAGGUGACAGGAGUUUCUUUGGCAGAGGUCAACUCACCAAACCUCGCAAGCGGCGUGUCAAUGCGCCAACAAUGAAGCAUGCUCGCCCUGGAGAGGUUGUCCAAGCGUCUGGAUUUUUGAAUCGUGCGGUUGCCGCUUGGUACAAGCAGUUGCGUCGUAUCCAAUCUUACUGUCAUGCUGUCAAGUCGGUUCGGCGUGCUGAGACUGUCCUGUCUCGGGCCUCUUUGUGGCAUAGCAUUCUCGUUGCUCAUGGUUUCCGUGGGGGUUUCCGAUCGUGGUGGGUGGACAGGCCUUUUCAACAUCAGGGGGCUCCUCGUGUUCUCCCUGCGUACCCUCCUGAUGAGCAUGUCGCCCAAAUUGUCUAUGAUGACUUUGUUCACAACUACCGCAGGUUUGAGCAUUGGCAACUCCAGCGUAGGCGUGAUAGCUGUCGAGCUAAGACGCUUUCCACCACCAAGGCACUCUAUGCACCAACUCGCAAAGAUGCCAAGCCGCCUCUUGAUGCCUUGGAGGAUGUCACUGCUCAGGUCAUCUCUGUCACUGAUACCACCCACAAUUUGGUCUCAGUUCCUUUGGAUUUUCCUGUUGGCUCCGUGUCUCAUUGGACUCUGCAAGAUUUUCCUGCGCGGGUUCAACAGGUAGGUGGCCAGUUGCAGAUUGACACAGAUUUGGUGCUGGCGUCCGGCCAAAAGUUGGCGUGCCAUCAAAUGGUGACAGACACUGAAGUUAUCCAUGAGAGGCUUAUCCAAUUGUGGUCGCCUAGGUGGAACAAACACCUUGAGGUUCCUGACUCUGCUUGGGACAGAGCCUGUCAGCAUGCUGCUGAGACCUUGCCUGCUGGGAUCAUUUCAUUGCCCCCAAUUACGGUUCAGGAUUUCAGGAAAGCAGUUCAUGCGUUCAAGCCCACUGCCGCCACAGGACCUUGUGGCUGGACACGUGCAGACCUUGCACACCUUACUGAUAUGCAAAUCCAGUCUGUGAUAGAUGGAUAUCAUGAGAUUGAGCAGGGAAGACCUUGGCCCAAACAAUGGGCAGUUGGAUUGAUCCACUGCCUCCAAAAGCGGGACAAUUGCACCACUGUGGAUGGGUUCCGACCGAUCACGGUCACUUCCCUGUUCUACCGUCUGUUUGCUGGUUUCCGUGCUGGUCAAAUCCUUUCACAACUUUCACGCCGUGCGGACACUCUGCAAUGUGGUUUUAUGCAGGGUCACCAAGCAGCUGAUGUGUGGUACUUUGUGGGGGUUUGCUUGGAGAUUGCAGCUUGCCAGACCACACCAGUUCAUGGACUUACGGCUGAUUUGGUGAAAGCAUACAACACUCUUCCACGCCGUCCGGCAUUUAAGUGUUUGGAAAUCCUUGGGGUGCCACCUUGGUUUCUGCGUUCUUGGCAGGCACAUUUGGCUGGAUUUGAGAGGUACUUUGUUGUAAGACGAUGCACCAGCCCACCAGUCAUGUCAGUUACCGGUUUUCCUGAGGGAUGCCCUCUUGCUUGUGCUGCCAUGACUGCUUUGGACUUUCUGUGGCAUUGGACUAUCAAGCUUGCAGUGCCUCGUGUUCUCCCUGUCAGCUUUGUUGACAAUCUUGAGUUGUUAUGUGACCGCUUGGAUGAUUUGUAUCUCGCUGCUGAGCACCAAUCCAAUCUGUGUCAACUGCUUGACGUUGAGAUCGACUUGCCUCGUCUGUUUGCUUGGUCCUCUUCCCCUGGGGGGCGUCGUGAACUUCGGGGUAGGGGGUAUAAAGUGAGCCUUGGAGAGAGGGAUUUGGGAGGCCAAGUGGUUUACUGCCGUCAGCUGCGAAAUCGGAAGCUGCGAACAGCUGCAGUCCCCACGGCAGUUAAGAUCUUGAACGUCAGCCAGACACUUUUUCCUAGGGCCUUACAUGCGUGCGAGGCAGUUCAAGUGGGAUCCUCUCACUUGGACAAACUGAGAACAGGUGUCAUGCGAGCUUUGUACUGGGAUCGAAAGGGGGCAGCUCCUGCAAUUCGACUGGGCUUGUGCAAUCCCCAACUUGAUCCUUUUUGGUAUCAACUCUGGAGAACGGUGAGCUUGUUUUUGCAACAGUGCCGGAAGAGCCCUACUAUCAAGGACUGGUGGAGAACCUUCAGCCAACACUGCCAAGAUGAGGACACUCAUGGGCCUUUUGGAAAGCUGAAAAAUGAGUUGCACAAAGUAGGCUUGGUUUUGGAUGCGCAUGGGAAGCUGUGGUACUCUGAAAAUGGGAACAUAGACUUUUUUGCAUGCUCCGACUCGCUGCUGAAACAUGUGCUGCUGAUACACUUUCAGAACAUGGUGGCUUUCCAGAUGCAAUCACGAAAGGGUUAUGAAGAUCUGCAAGGUUUUGACAGGGAGGUGACAUUUGCAUGCGACGCAAGACUUCCUGCGCAUGAGAAGGAAUAUCUCAUGAUGGUGCGUGAUGGAACCUUCUUCACAAAGCACACAUUGAGUAAGUUUGAUGCGCGGAAGCAGCCUCUGUGUGUAUGUUGUGGAGUGUUGGAUACAAAGUUGCACCGUUAUCAGGACUGUAGCAGAUAUGAUGAAAUUCGGGCACAACAUCAGGAACUGUUUCAGGUCUGGAACGAGCUUCCGCUUAGCUUCAAGUUGAGCGGGUUGGCUCCGAACAAUCCCUAUCUUUCUUUGGCUUGGGAAGCUUUAGACAACCUUCCGGACAAAACUUGUGCUUUUGAGUUUUUGCCGGAAGGAACGCUGUGGCAUGCCUUUACGGAUGGUACUUGCUCUGACCCAACUUGCAGUGCAAUUUCAUUGGCCGCUUGGUCUGUAGUGAUAGCUGGAAAAGGCACAGUGAGCACUGGGCCGUUGGUUGGAGUUCAUCAGACAAUUCUUCGGGCUGAAAUCACUGCUGCUUUGAGUGCUAUCAGCUGGGCGGCAGGUCAUCCUGGGGAUUUGCAUUUGUGGGUGGACAAUCAAACGGUUGUCGACCAUCUGAGGGACUUACAGAAAAGGAUAGGGAAUGCGAAAGACUUUGAACACAGUGACCUAUGGGUGCAAGUGGAACAAAAGCUUGCGAUUUCAAUAGCAGACAUUUACGUCCACAAAGUGGCCAGCCAUAUGCUGCCACAAGACUGUACAGGACCAGUUGAAGAUUUUGCAUGUUUUUGGAAUGACAAAGCUGACCGACAAGCAGCAUUGGCCAAUCAGUGUCGACCAAGUUUCUUCACUCGAGUGUGGGGUCGAUACCGUAGUUUUCGGGAGGUUUGGCUUCGUAGGGUGGGUUUGAUUACUUCGUUUCAUCUUCAGGUUGCUCGUUUUGAUUGUGAAACUGACGUGAACAUUGAUCCCACGAGUGAAGGCGAUGAAGAUGUUUCACAUGAGUUUUGUAUAACUGCAAGUCCCAACGAUGCGCAGUUUCAUGUACAAUUUUUGCCAUUGAAGGGCUGCAAUCAUUGGCAUGUAGGAGUUGACCUACAUUUUGAUUUUGUUUGUGGGAAACUGGUGGAUUGGAUCGUGGAACAGGAUCAGCAAGCUUCCACGAAGAGAUUGGUGAGUUUGAUUGAGUUGUUCGUUGUUUUCAGGAGGAGUUUGGGUGUUUUUGUCUCUGGGGCUGAUUCUAUCAACAGGUAUGUUGUUCCUACGUUUGCUGCCGAGUUAAAGGUGUUUCGCCGUGCACUCACCCAUCUGUUCACCACCGUGGGUUUUGAUGGCAUGAGCACCAGUGGCCACUUGACAGUUUUGGGCAUCCAUGAGGCCAACGAGCUCCUGUCCGCCUGGAGACCUGUGAUCUCCAUGGCGCUGGGACAAGUUCAAACCGCCGAUCGCUACAAGUACUUCGAGGCCGUGGAGCCCGCGGAGGGCGAGGAGGAUUUGGUGCGGCUGCGGAGAAAAGCGGAGGCAGCCGAGGAGGCAGUGACCUUUUGGCCGGUGGCAGAUCUCCGUGCUGAAGUGAAGAGGCUGCAGGAGUUGUACCUUUCCCCCACACUCUCGCGGCAACCCGAGGAUUCGCCCAAAGAAGGGCGAUCCAGGAGUGUGAUGCUUCAACCUCGCUCGCUGCCGCGCAACAAGGACGAUACGCCUACCUCCGCCAUUCCUAGCGACUGCUUGAUGUCUUCGCCGCAGUCCCAAGAGCCACAGGGGCAGGUGCCGCCAGUGGUGCCCGUGGUGCCAGUGCCACAAGUGCCACAAGCCGAAGAGGUCUUGCUGAAGGAGCAGGUCAUGGCUGUGUCGCUCCAGAGGGCGCAUCACCUCUCCCAAUGUAUUGGAGAGACUGUGUCAGCUCUGCAGGAGACGGUUGCGGAGUUAAGACGAAGUGCUUCAGGUUCCUUUUCUGUGCCGGAGGCGUUUGAACGACUCCAGCUCGACAACCAAGAGAUGAAGCAAAGGCUGAAUCGUUUGGAGAAUCACUUGGAACGGCAGGGCCAAGUGGAAGUGUCUCAGUCGCUGAAGGAUGCCAGCUCACAACGGAGCAGUGCUGCUGUGCCAUCGGAACACUCCACUGUGCCAUUGCAGGUGCUCAGUGGACGUGUGGUGAUCCCGAGAAUUCGCUACGAGGCGGACCGCCAGCGUGUCCCAGUGGCUCCCGCCCGCUGCACCUUGGGCACCUUGGGCACGUUGGGCACGUUGGGCACGUUGAGC